AUGUCUACUAAUUGUGGUGCAUCUGUAAAGGAUGUUAGAAAAUUAGAAAUACCUAAAUGGGUAGAUCUAGUAAAAACAGGUUCGUAUAAAGAGUUGGCACCCUAUGAUCCGGAUUGGUUUUAUAUCAGAGCUGCUUCAUGUGGUCGCAAACGUAGAGGUACUCGUUCCUCUCAUCAGUCAGAUUCAUCAGGAGCCGUUGCUCGCAAUGUUCUUCAAUCUUUGGAGCUGUCGAAGGAUUACACGGGAUGA